CAAAGGCAGGCAAAGCAGCCGCGGAAAACAUGAAGAAGGAAAAAAUCCAUCAUCCGCAAUCCCGAAAGGCAGGACAGUUAGCUCGCAAAGCGCUCCGAAAGGGCAAACUCGGCGGUCAGGCUUCUACUCGGGGCAAAAAACACCAUUUCCUUGCCGAUUUCUAUGGGUUUUUCUACCACUCAAUCCCUGAUGAAGGUGUCUUGACGCUCGAAGAGCUUCACGGGCUCCUACGGGACGUUUGGCUGACAAGACAUGACGCCGAGUUAGAAGAGGAAAAGGCGUCACGGAGGAAAGGGAGACCCAAAAGUGUGAAAGAAGUCAAAUUGGAGGAGAUAAAACUGCGAGAAUCGGAGGAGUAUCGCACUGGCUUCCAAGUAAUUGACCUUACCCACCGACCCACUGUGGAUCUGUUUCGACGAUGGGAUCAGAAGGAGGUUGCCUUCAUUCAGUUACUACGAUUCAUUCGUAUAUCAAGCGCUAAUCCUGGCUCCAUUGUUAUCUCCAAGCCAGGGAAGCAUCACAGCAUGGUCGAAUCAGUGGAACCGAGUCUUCCGGACGUGGAGAUGAUUGACAGCUGAAUUAGGCAUAGCAAGUGCACUGUCGUGAUGUAUCGUGAAUCCACCAUUUGCCGGCACUACUUGACGACCCCAUUACUGACGAGACUUGUUCAUGUAGUCUUUGGGAAUGCUGUAAACGAAUAUACUGUUGAUUCCGAAUCCAUGGCGACGGGUGAGCUGGUGACUAGUAGAUGAAGA